AGCAGAAGUCCGGUCUGAGUCGCGCGCGCGCAUUCGUCACAUUUGCCUUCUCGAGCAUCGAGGCACAUGUUGUUUAGCAACCCGCUUGCCUUCCGGGGGUGAUAAGCCGCCAACGAGAGACUUGUUGAUUACAAAACGAAACGAAAAGAAAAAAUCAAUGUGAAUCUCACUACUUAAGGAGAAGCAAGAAUUUUCUCUGUCCAUAAGCAGAAAUAACCAGAAUGAAGACGAUUGCAGUUAAAAUGCUGUUUUUAACGUUCUUUGUUGGAUAUUUUGCGUUGGUAGUUAACAGGAAUGCGGCUGUGCAAGGUGAUGUUGAUGAGCGAGUGUUUUCCAGACUUGAACAACUGGCCACCAACGAGAAUCUGCUUGAUGCCGUAGCAUUCGGGGAAGAAGUUAUUGAAAAGUCCAAGCGCCUCGAAGCGACGAUUGCAGCAUCGAAGAUGAAAGUGGCGAAAGGAAGCAUUUCCUACGCGCAAAUCAUCGACGGUUAUCCGACCCCGAGUACACGAAAGCAGGACUACGUUGCAAGGACAGUCCUGAAAGCUAGUUCAUAUUUUUUGAACAGUUUUUGCAAACCACAACGUAUUUCUUCGUUUGAGUGUGGUCAGUUUCUAGCGGAGAAGAUGAUUCCUGCGAGCAAACUGUUAGACAAGUGUAAGAAAAUCGUUGAUUUGAAAACAUUUAACGACGAAUAUCGACGCCUGUUGCCUGCAAAUUAUCAGGACGGAAUAUACAACUUUAGGAAAAGUGUGCUCGGCACGGAGCUGCCCCAUCCAAGGAACAUUUCAAGCAAAUUUCAUUUAACACUAGCUCAGGGUCAGAAAGAUAAUAAACAUAGUGUUGCACUGGUUCAAUGGACGCAGUUUAUUGAACAUGACCUGGCCAAGACUACUGUACAGACAACGCACGAUGGAACGGACAUUGAGUGCUGCAGUAGCGAUUAUAACACCGUUGUUCCACGAUAUCUGCAUCCGGCAUGCAAGCCACUGUAUGUGGCCGAAGACGAUGCCUAUUAUAAAAGUCAACAUGUGACCUGUUUGAACUACGUUCGUAGUGCACUUUCGCUUGGUGAUAGUUGCAACCUGGGACCAGCCAAUCAACUCAAUCAAGCAACGAAUCGGUUGGAUUUGUCCCAGCUUUAUGGUAACCAUGAGUGUGAGACUAUGGCUUUGCGAACCAAACGGGGUGGAAAGUUAAAAUCGCAGACCUUUAAUUCGACGGAAUAUUUGAUCCCAAAUACUGACAAGAAACUAUGUGUCGUAAAUGAAUCCCUAAACACUAUUUGCUAUGCUUCCGGAGACACUAGAGUGAAUGUCAAUCCGUAUGUUACUUUACUUCAUACAUUGUUUUUAAGAUCGCAUAAUCGUUUAGCAAAACAUCUAGCCCUAAUAAACCCCCAUUGGAAUGAUGGGCGCCUAUUUGAAGUAGCCAGAAAGAUAAACAUACGGAUUUACCACAAAAUUGUACAUGAUUGGGUGGAAACCGUGUUGGGAAGUCAACUGCCAACCGGUACCUUAGCCAAUGAAGACGCACGCGUGAGUAACGAGUUUGCGACUGCAGCCAUCCGGUUUUACAAUACUAUGAUGCCCGGUGAAAUAAACGAUUUGGUACAGUCCAACCAACAGAUGGCAUUGGAUCUUGAAGAUUUAUUUUAUAAACCACGUGAUCUGCGUAAGAAGGAGUACUUUGGUCAUUUAAUCAAUUCAGUACUUCAGCAGAAUGCAAUGUCACUGGACACAAGCUACGUUGAUGAUGUGGCUCAGCUCUUGUUCAAAACGCGAAACAUCGGGACAGACGUCCUAGCAUUGGAUAUUCAGCGAGGUCGCGAUCACGGUCUGAACAGCUACACAAGCUAUUACCAACUGUGCACGGGAAAAACCGUCACCACCUGGACUGAUCUAGCUGCCUCCAUUAAUCCGGCGGAUCUAAAAACUCUUCAAUCAGCUUACGGAUCCUUCCAAGAUAUUGAUCUCAUCGUAGGAGCAAUCGCCGAGAAACCUGCCCCAGGAGCAAUCGUUGGCCCCACACUCGCUUGCAUUAUCAAGGACCAAAUCGGGGAUUCUCUGGCAGCAGACAAGAACAAUCACCAUACGCAGAAAAUCGAUGCCUUGUUGGCUAAUUAUUCUGCGGCACGCUUCCUCUGCGAUACGGCUCAAAUCGCGAAGGUGCAGCCAAACAUCUUUCGUCUGCCAACCGUCGGCGGUGAUAAUUCGCAAAUGCGCUGUGCACAAUUUCCCGAGCUUGAUUUGCGCAGUUUUCGAGAACCUUCAUCGUAGAAGUGGCUUAUUUUACAGGGAUAUAACAUUUAAGAGCUUUACGGUUGCAUCAACAUCCAUGUAUGUACGUUGAUUCUCGCUGUGAGACACCGUCCUCUUGACUUAAGAGCAUCAUUGACAUUGAGAAAUAUAGCCCUCAUACCGUACGGUUAAACGGUUAAACGGUUGUUAAACGUAAACUUUUAGGAUAAAUUUAAAGAUGAAGCUUCUAUAUAUACAAUAAUAUACAUAUGUACAACGAAAUUUUAUGCCGGUAUUUAAUUGAAAGUCGACAGGACUCAUGCUUAAAAGCCGCCACUAAAACGUGCUUGCAACUUCGUGUAGAGUGUGACAUCCAUGUUGUUGCGCGUUAUUUUCGUUUUCAGAUGGAACGGUCUUAUUAAA